AUGGGAAUAAUUAAUGGUAAAACUAACACAGUGGCGUUUAGAGACAAACAUUUAGUUGUAAAUGAAUUCCUCGGAGUUCCGUAUGGAAAGUCACCUAUAAAUGAACUGAGAUUUCAAAGACCUCAACCAUACGGAGCGUUUAAACAACCAAUCGAUGGGACGAAAUAUGGAUCGUCUUGUCCACAAAAUAAAAUGAAGAUGGUUAAGUUUGGAGUCCGCUCGGACAACGAAGAUUGCUUAUUUUUGAAUUUAUUUGUUCCUUCAAAUAAGGCCGCCACUGGAGAUAAUCAUGCUGUGAUGGUCUGGAUUCAUGGUGGAGGGUAUACGUAUGGGGAUGGCAAUAUGACCACUGGGACCGUCUUGGCAGGCUACGGAAACGUCAUAGUUGUGACGAUCAAUUACCGCCUAGGCAUGUUAGGAUUCCUUAACGUUGGAGAUGAGAGAGCAAACGGAAAUAUGGGACUUUGGGAUCAACGGCUGGCGAUUCAAUGGGUUAACAAGAAUGUGGACGCUUUCGGUGGUGAUCCCAGUAGAAUCACUAUAUUUGGUGAAUCUGCUGGAGCCAUGAGUGUUCAUCUGCAAUCGCUUUAUCCAAAAAAUAGAGGUCUAUUUCAGAAUGUGAUAUCAGAAAGUGGAACAGCGACACUUCCAUUUCAUGUUGAUAGUGACAAUUUACCGGCUGCACGCAUAUACGCUGAACAUUUCAAAUGUCGUACUGACACGAAUGAAGAUAUUGUCCAGUGUUUGAAGUCCGUAGACACUAAGAGGCUCAUAGACAUGGCAGAAGUGAUUGCAGAGAAUGGAACCCUUGCAGCACAGGCGUUUUUUGCGCAUUCUAUUGAUGGUGAGUUUAUUGUUCGAAAUUCCAAAGAAACCAUUAAAAUUUCAGAUAGUGACGAGAUGAAGUUUAUGAAAGAAAUGAAUUUCAUAAAUGGUGUAAAUGCGGAUGAGGGGGCGCCAUGGGUCCUUACGCUAGCUGCUAAUCACAAUGGGUCAAUAGACGACUUCAAAAUCAGCAAUGCGGACUUGUCAAUAUUUGUGCCUAUGAUGGUAGGGAUGAUGUAUCCAAGUCAGAAUAUCCAUUCAGCAGUAAGCGAUUUGAUUGACUACGAAUAUACAAAUUGGGCAAACCCAGAGGAUGCAAGAGCAAUGUUCACAAAGGUGGCCGGCGAUGUUUUCAUGAACGUUCCAGCCAUGGAUUUGAAUUUGGCUCACUCUAACGAUACAACGUCUAACACCUGGUUUUACAAUUUCAUGAUCGCACCUAAACAGCGUCAGUACAAUAUUCCAAAAUGGAUCACAAAAGCUACCCAUGGAGAAGAGUUACCUUACGUAUUUGGGUAUCAUUUGGACAAUGAAACAUGGUUUAAUGCAACUGAUUAUGAGCCACCGGAAAAGGAACUGGAGGUUUCAGAAAAAGUGAUGACGUACUGGACCAAUUUUGCGAAAUUUGGGGACCCCAACGGAGAUGGGCCAGUCACUUGGCCUAAAUACACCCUUGAGACAAUGCAGCACCUAGUUAUUGAUGAGGAAGACUCAAUCGGACGAAGGUUAUACACGAAGGAAUAUCAGUUUUGGCGUAAAAUUGUUCCCGAUCUUUUAGACGCAAUUGAAAAUGGCGUGCAUACAGGAGAUUCUACAUUCAAGUCGAAACUGACAGAUGCGUGUGACGCUGAGGAUGACAAUUUCCCGUAUUGUAACUUUUGA